CACCAUUGGGACCCACUUGAACUCCUCAACUCAAUCAAAAUGAAAUCCGCCCCCUACCAUUUAUUUCUUCCCUGUUUCUCAACUCGAAAGUUCCCAUGGCUUCUCAAUAUUCUUCAAUUUCUCUAUAGUCCUCCAGAAAAGUCCCCAAAAAUAAUCCAUGGAGAAUUACUCUUAUUCCUCUUACCCAGAUUCCGUAAAUUCAUCCCCACGUUCUCGUGAAAUUGACUGUGACAACGCUUCAUGGGAUGAUCAACAACCACCAGCUAAUUACAAAGUCAAAUUCAUGUGUAGUUAUGGCGGGAAAAUUCUACCUCGUCCUCAUGACAAUCAGCUCGCGUAUGUUGCCGGUGAAACUAAAAUUCUCUCUGUUGAACGUAAUAUUAGGUUUUCAUCUCUAGUCGCGAAGCUCUCUUCGCUGAGUGAUUGUGAUGUUUGUUUUAAGUAUCAGUUACCUGGGGAGGAUCUUGAUGCAUUAAUUUCGGUAACGAAUGAUGAGGAUUUGGAGCAUAUGAUGCUUGAAUAUGAUAGGAUUUAUCGAGGUUCGGUUAAGCCUGCUAGGCUUAGGUUGUUUUUGUUCCCGUUGAGUACGCCUGCUACCAGUACUUUUGGUUCGACGGAUUCAAAGAGUGAGAGUCAGUGGUUUGUUGAUGCUUUGAAUUCUGUUCAGUUGCAGAAUUUGGAUGUUAAUUCACCGAAAUCUGUUUCGUCGGCGGUGGCGGCGGCGGCACCGGUGAAUAACAAUCCUGAUUUUCUGUUUGGAUUGGAGAAAGGAGUACAAGGUCAACAAAAUCCAGCUGUGAAGCUUCAUGAUUCAACUCCUUCACCUCCGGCUCCGGCACCACAACAACCUGUGGUGGUGCCGGAGGUGUUCCAUGCCGGUGGUGAUUCCGAUGCUGGAUCGGAAGACCGGCAAGUUAUUGGAGAUAAUAUCGAUUAUCAGAGACAAAUUCAUGAAAUCCAAAGGAUACAGCAACAGCAACAGCAACAAUCUAUUGCUAGAGUGUAUUCCGGAGAAUACUAUCAGCAGAGAGCGCCGCAGCAGCAGCCACAGGCCGCGGCGGCUGUGCCGGUAACAAAUCCGUCAAAUUUCUGGCCAGAAAGGCAUAUGACAAGUGGACCGUAUCCUGCAACUGCAGUGCAAACUGAUCAGCAACCUGUAUAUAUAGUUCAAACACCAGCCGGACCCGCCGGAAUUUAUCAAACUCCGGCGGGUAUACGACCGGUGACCAGCCAAGUAGGUGCUCCUCCUCAGGGUUAUUACGGCAUGCAGCGUUUAGUACCGGAGGUUUACCGGGAACAGACGGUGUACGGCGGAGUUCCUCCACAGCCAACAAUUCAGCAAUCGAAGAUCGGAGGAGCUUACACGGAAAAUAUGAAUAUACGUCCACACGCGCCACACGCGCCGGUGGAGCCAACGUAUACACAGGUUGGAUAUGAUGCUGUAGGGAGACAGGUUUAUUAUACUGCACCGCCGGGUGUUAUGCAACAGCAAAUGCAGCAUCCGGCGUCGGUGGCGGCGGCUGCCGCCGCUGCAGUGGCGCUGGAUGGUAGGCAGAGUGGUGGCGGGUUGAAUCCAGAGGGUAAAAUUGUUGGCAAGCCAUGAAGCUUUAUCCUUAAUUAAUCUUGUUUUAAGUUAAUUAAUUUUUAAUAAGUGAAAAUAGUAUUUUUAUGAACUUUGCGGCUGGCUAUGGUUGUGUGUUUAGUAUUUUUUGGGAAAUGUUUUCAUGUAAUGUAAUGUAAUGUAAUGUUUAAUGGGAUUGGGAUAUGUAAGUGAAAAGAUUAUUCGUAAA